AAGGAAUGUUGCAGCAGGAGGAGUUUCGUUACAUUCUUGCACGCUGGAAGUAAACUGAACGAACCCGUUCGUUGCCGUGGCAACCACAAACCAAGCGUCCAAAAUGUCGACUUUGCUGGGGAAAAGUUUAUUUGAAGUCAGUGGUCAAGGUCCUGCACCCAAUAAAGACUUCUUCCAAUUUUCUGUUACCAAGACAGAGGUUAUUUGGAGAUGGUGGAAGAUUUCUUUGAGAAGUGAUGGUAGGAACACAAAGCCAGGAGAACUGAGGGAGUCUCACAAUGACUACUUGGAUGACAGCCUGCUUCAGAGUCAGGUGAGUGUGGUGUUUGGCCCACGGAUCCUUCAGUACAGCCAGGCACUAUGUCAGGGCCACUAUGACUACCUGGAGCGUCUGCCCGACCCCCUGCUUCUCCACAUCCUGACCCAUCUGGAACUGGAGGACGUGGCACGGCUUGGACACACCUCACACAGGUUCAGGAAGCUGUGUCGUUCGGAGGAGUUCUGGGAGCAGGCGGUGCGCGGCCACUGCGGCGCCGUGUCGGCCGAGGUGGAGGCCCUGGCCCUGGAGCUGGGCUGGAAGAGCGUCUUCUUCACCAGCAAGUUGCAGCUGCAGAAACAGAUCAGCCGCAGGAGGAAGAGGAGCCAGAAGCUACUCUGUACAGACCCGGAGCGCUAUGAUGUAGACACAAUGGUGGAGCGCAGUGAGGACCUAGAGAGCCACGCUGCAGAUAUAGAGCCAGGUUCUGAGUCGAACCCUGGGCCAGAGCAGCUCUGUACAGACAUGCAGCGCUGUGGGGUGAUUGCGGGUCAGGGUCGUGGUGUGGCACAGGGGGACUGGAGCUCUGAUUCAGAAAGCUCACUGAAAUGAUUUUUGUUUUAUCUUUACACUCUAAAUAGGAUCCUUGAGGUUUCCAUGCUGAGGAAUAGAGGACGGCUUGAUUUCGGGUGGAGAAAAACAAGUCGAAAAACAAAUAGUUUUUGAUACAAAUAUGAUGACUAGUGAAUGUUUGAUGAAUUCAUGUUCGUUAUGCUUCUUGUCUUUCAAACAAUACAGUGGCUGUGUUGUGUUGGAAGACAGUUUCUCUCAUAGACAGUUGCCUGGCAGCAAAGGAUGUUGUGGCAAUGGCUGGAGAUGUUAAUAUGGGGUGGCAGGGUAGUGGUUAGAGCGUUGGACUAGCAACCGGAAGGUUGCAAGUUGAAACCCCUGAGCUGACAAGGUACAAAUCUGUCGUUCUGCCCCUGAAUAGGCAGUUAACCCACUGUUCCUAGGCCGGCAUUGAAAAUAAGAAUUUGUUCUUAACUGACUUGCCUGGUU